UGAACAUCACCUAGGCGAAAUGAAAUGUAGUAAUUAGAAAAUAAGUGAUUGUGAUAUUUUUUGUGAAAAAUUAACUUUAUUAUCAUUAUUGUUUGUCUUGUAUUCAAGAUUUGUUACAUAUGUGUGCUAGUUUCUGUUGCCAAGUGGCUUGUGAAUUUUAUUUUGUGGCAUACAACCUUUUAAAACCAGAACAAGUAGGGGUGAAUAGUCGAUUAGCAUGAAGGGAAUCAAGAUCAAUGCUGAAAGCUGAAAGUUCUAACAUAUGUUUUGAUAAAUAAUUGUAAACAUAGGUAAAUCAUGUCUUGGAUGAAAAGAAGGGGUCCUAAUAGCGCUAGUCCGGCUCCAGCACCUACUGUCCCUAUGUACAACCCCAAUCAACAUUCCAAUAUACAAGAGAACCAAUGGCAGAACCAGCCAGUACAAAACAAUUGGUAUCCCCCACAACAAACGCAAUACCAACAAGCUGUACCGAAACCGGAAGCAGCUGUACAACCUCAACAAAACUACUGGCAGCAACCAUAUAACCCUCCCACAUACAAUCAAAACAAUCAACAGUAUGGGCAGACCCAGCAGUACCCUGCUUAUGCUCAAAAUAAUACUGGGUAUGGACAACAACAGAACUAUAGUAAUUUGCAGUAUAGUCAAUUAAACAACCAAAACAAUGUGUAUGGUACCCAGGCGGUACCGCCGGAGAGCGAGGGAGACGCCUGGGGGAAUUGGGGUUGGGGGGACGAAGACAAUUCCAAUGUUCAGCUUGCUACUCAGACCAGUACAAAUAGCACUAACCAAGCUGGACAAAUAGAAACCGCAUUCGCUACUGAUCAAUCAUGGAAUUGGGGAGUUGAAGAAACGAAAACUACCCCACCCGAGAAAGAAGAGCCAACAGAUGUCCAACAACUUUAUCCGAAACUAGGCUCUGCAUCCGUGCCAUCUCAGAAACCGGCGACCGAUACUGAUCCCUCAAAAUUAAACCCAGUCCAAGAUCAUUUGACGGUAUCGGGAAAACGCGGCAAAUUAGAGACGCCACAAUGGUCGACCGAGUCUCAAAUGUCGCAAGAAUCGUCUGAUGACAUUUUACAUACAUCGGAAAGUGACAAGAGUCACAUGAUGAGCCGAAGUUCGACGAUUAGUCACUCCCCGAUAUCGGGACAGGAUUUGGUACCGCAACAUUUAGAGGAAGUACCGGUUAAAAGCGAAACAUACGAAAAUAAAGAAAUAGUUUCGAACGUUAGAGUUAAUCCAACACCGCCGCCUAGUAAAAAUAUGCCGCCACCAGCGGUGCCACCUUCUAGUUUAGACGACAGUAAAAACCCGUAUAAAAGAACCGCCGGGAUUUCUCAUACCUCCGCAAAUAGGUUUAGGGCUUCAAACAUCACACCGCCUGACACCAGGCAAACCGUUUACCAGUCUAAUUUUCAUAACCAACAAGUUAACCUUGAAACUCCUCCUGAUAACGCCGAACAACCGGAUCCUAUAUCAACCAAGCCUACGCAAAAAAUAAAACCAACCAAUCAAAGACCCGACAACAUUGAGGCACCCAUUAACGAUAGAAAUCAAUAUUUAGAAACGGGGCAUCUGUCUGAAGGCAACUACAAUGAUGUCAGGGCGGAAACGGAUAUUGCGAGACUGGAUCUUAGAAGUUCUUACGAUCUACAAGAAAGCGGAGAAGGCACGAGUGAUACCCUGCCACCUCCGGGUUUAAGAAGAAUGGUUCCGGGCCAAUUAGAACAACACGAAAACGGCAGCAAUCCUAUUAAUUUUACGGACAAGCCUCCCCCGGGUCUUAGUAGGAUGGUUUUAGGGCAAACAGAAGCAUCUGAUCAGUCGGGCGUAGUUGCGCAAGAAGAUAUGUCACAAUUUGAUAUUUCUGGUCCGCCAGAAGGUCUGCGUAGGAUGGUGCCUGGAGAAUCAAGUUCUCCCGAAUACUCGCGACAACAACAACAAAACCGGGAGGAAAAUGAUUCUGAACCGGAAUUUAGUCAGCUUAGUCAGCACACUUCCCAACCCAGAUCGGCUACAAUCGGCGCUGAUACUCCACCUGCUGUCAGUAACUCAUCGGUCAAUCCAGCCGCCAGUAGCAGCAUCGGUUAUACUCGUUUAGAAAACGGCACCAGCAAUGAGCCCGACUCGAAACGCAGGGACUCGAUAGAAGGCGAACCGCAAGAAACCGAAAUAUCUAAAAUAACGAAUUCCGUGCGUAACAUGACGGUCGGUGAAAAUUUGACGGACGGUCAUACGUCGAACAACAGCUUACCCGAUCAACUUCAAAGAAGGCACAGCAGACCGGAGAGCAGCGAUAGCGAAAAGGAAUCCAGAAAGCCGCCUAGAGGACCUCCCAGAGACAAGAGAUCAUCAGAACGUACUAGGAGAGAUAGGGACAAAGAUAGGGAUAAGGAAAAGGACAAGAGUCGGAGAGAAAGAGAUAGAUAUAGUCCGGAUAGUUAUAGAGAUAAAAAAUAUGAGAGGCGGAGGUACAAAGACAGACGUUACGAAGACGAUACUGAUUACUACAGUGAUAAAGAAAAAGAUAGGAGAAACUAUGAAGAAAAGGACAGCAGAGACUAUGAACGUAAAUACAGCAGUUUGAGAAAGGACAAAGAUAAAGAUAGACGUAGAAGAGAUCCGAGAGAACCCAGAGAUCCGAGAGAACCUAGGGAUCCGAGAGAACCCAGAGAUUAUCGUAGGGAUUAUUAUUAUGGUAGUAGAUAUGACGCGUAUGAAAACGAUCAAAGGUCGAGACCGUCCAGUAGAUCUGAUUCGAUGCACGAUUCUUAUAGAGCCACCAGAGGCGUAGAAAAGGAUGAUAGGGACAGAAGAAAUAGAGAAAGAGAAAAAUACAGAAGUAGAAGGGACCCUAGAGAAUCAUACAAUCCGUAUCAAGGUUAUUCUUAUGAUCCGUACAAUCCGUAUUACCAACAACAAUAUCAAUAUUAUGAAAAUUUGAGGAGGACUAAUCCUCAAGCGUACGCGGAAUGGUACAGAAAGUACUACGAACAAGCUACCAGUCAAGCUACUGCUUACGGGGGAGAGGAUCGGGCUUCUGUUCAUUCUGGACGUAGUUCGGCUAACGACGAAUUAGCGAAGGACAGGUAUACGAGGCAGAGCUUUUACAGUCAGAUGAGCGCCUCCCAUUUAGGCGGCUACUACAGGGAUACGCAUAGCGUUAUGGGAGGCCCGUAUGCCCUCGACGCUUCUAGCUACUCUCGUCCGUUUGACCAAACGGACUCGUCCCUUAAUCUAGAAGAUACUACUUUAGCUUCACAACGACUCACUCCUGCAAAAUUCGCACUAGCCCACGUCAAAGCUUCCAUUGGUUCCGGAAAGUUACUGCGCAUUCUGCCUCACUACCCCAUGGACGGACAACCGGCGAUUGUGGAAAUCUGCAAUACUCACUCGUUUCUGGGCAACGACGAAGAUAUUAAGGAACUGAGUCAAUUUCCGGGACCUUUGGUAAAGGGGGUGACUCACAAGAAGACCAUCAUCGAAUAUUGCGAAAACAAAAUCAGGGAUGCCAUUGCAGAGCGCCGAAUUUCGGAUGUCGAGUCGUAUAUUUUGAUGUGGGAGUUACUGAUUUUAUUGAUUCGGCAAAAUGGGAUGGUAGUUGGCGCCGACAUAGCCGAACUUCUACUGAAGAACAGAAGAGAAUUGCCUCCUGCGAGGCCGUCUUCUGUGAUUUCCAGCAUCAGCAGUAACAACGGAGAUGUCAAUCUUUUAUCGGAAGCUAGUAAUAAUGUAAUUUCCGAUAAUACAGGAAGCUUGCAUUCGGUGUUAAAGGAAGAAGAAAUCACAAACAAAUUUAGGGAAUAUUUACUGUACGGAUCUGGAAAAGAAGCAUUAGAAUGGGCAAUGAAACACAGUCUAUGGGGACACGCACUAUUUUUAGCUAGCAAAUUAGAUAAAAGAACUUACGCUAAUGUUAUGAUGCGAUUUGCAAACGGAUUAACAAUGAACGAUCCAUUACAAACACUUUAUCAACUUUUGUCUGGAAAAAUGCCUGCUGCGGUUACUUGCGUUUCUGAGGAAAAAUGGGGAGAUUGGAGACCUCAUCUAGCUAUGAUUUUAUCGAAUUCCUCGCAACGUCCGGAAUUAAACUGCAAAGCGAUCACAACAUUAGGAGACACUUUGAGGCACAGAGGGAGUCUGUAUGCAGCUCAGUUUUGUUAUUUAAUGGCAGAGGUCGGUUUUGGAAAAUACGACGAUCCAGAGACCCGUUUGGUACUGUUAGGUGCUGAUCAUUCCAAACCUUACAAUUCUUUUGCUACAAACGAAGCUAUUCACAUGACGGAAAUUUACGAAUUCGCUUGCGGAUUAAAUGACUCCGCGUUCGUCAUUCCUCAUUUCCAGGUAUACGAAUACCUUUUGGCGACUAGACUCGUUGAUCGAGGUCUCGUUGAGAAAUCCUUAGCAUAUUUAGAAAAAAUUUCAACGUUCAUAAUAGCGUAUCCCAAGCUAGUUCAAUCUUCGUUGGUGGAUAACGUAUACAAUCUGGCGGACAGACUGAAAUUUUACGAUCUCGAUCUCGUCGGCGAAGCUGAGGACGAAUCAGAAUUCGGAGGACCCGAUAGUUCUUGGUUAAAAGUCCUGAAAAGCAUUCAAAACGGUUUCCGAGAUGGAUCAAUUUUGCACCAAAGCGUCCCGAAUUUGCAGACUUACCCGACAGAGGGUUACGAAGCUGAUCAACCGCAACCGGUUUACGAUAACAGCGCUCAGGACGUUUGGCAACAACAGCAAUACCAGCAACAAAAUAUUCAACAACAAACGUGGCAACCGGAACAACAGCAACAAACCGUUCACGCUGAUUAUCAGGACAAUCAACAGUUGCAGCAGUCGAAUGAAUUUUCGCAAAAUCAACAAAAUUCUUGGCCGAACUAUCAACAGUUGGAUCAGUCGAAUCAAUACAAUCAAGAAUAUGUCGACCAACAAAAUGUGUAUAGCUCUAAUGCUCAAAUUGAGGAUAUACCUCAGCCUCAGGUAACGCUACCCAACCAGCCUAACUACUACGAGGGAGACCAUCAACAAGAAAACAAAGAAGAAAAACCUUCGUCACCGGCUAAACCACGGGCGCCUGUCGAAGCUGCAAAGAGUCAAAGUACUGGAUGGUUCGGUGGGAUAUUUAGUAAAUUGGCGUUGAAACCUAAAAAUCAGAUGAAAUUGCCUGAUGAUAAGAAUCCGAAGAUUGUAUGGGACGAAGCAAAAAAACGCUGGUCGAACUUGGACAACGACGCAGAUGAUCCAGCUAACGAAUUCAAACCGCCUCCGAAAUUGUCAGAACUAAUGCCUAAGAUGGGCCCACCGCAGUCCCAAGCUCAUUCCACCCCUAAUUCUAAUACUUCCAUGCCCACUUUUGAUCCCAAUCGAACGCUAACUGCCAACGGAGGUGUACCAAUGGGAAACAGCUCUGCAACCGUCACAGAUGAUCAAGGGAACGUUAAUUCGAUGCCAACGCCUGGCAACAAUAUGUUUAAACUACAAAAAGGCAGAAAUUUGAAAAAUUCAUAUAUCGACGUCUUUAACGCUGGCGGUAAACCAACUAACUCCGCUCCUACUUCGUUGCCGACAGUAUCUCAGAUGCCUUCGGCCGCGCCUCAAAUGAAUUUUUUUGUUCCUCAACCUGUUACCGAUCCUAAUGCUCCCGUAGACUUCCUUACGCCGGGCGGGGUGCCCUACAUGGGAGACCAACAGAUGUCUAGGUGGAGUUCGACUAGUACUUUAUCAAGGGAAGUGCAAUACUAUAUGCAACCAAAAUCAAAACCCAAACUUCAUCCACGAUAAACCAUUGCUUAAGUCACAGCUUGCGCGAAUUCACGCAACAUUUCUUUUGGCGCAACAGUAAUGAAGUAUGCAGGACGGAUCUGUAAAAUGUGAAUUGGUUGAGUGUUUUUUAUUGGUGUACUUUUUAAAAUUUGAUCCUGUGAUCAUUAGGAAUUUUUAAAUAUGAAUUUGAAUAUAUAUAGAGAGAGACAAUAUAAACAUUAUAUACAUUGUAUUUAUAGGAAUUAAGGGAAUAAAUAAAUUUAAUCAUUUUGG